GUCAAUAAGGAACAGCCAAACCGAGAAAAGGAGAAAGCCACCGCCCAAUCCGAAGCUGAAGCUUUCGAGCGAUGGGCCCCACGGUCUAUGUCCUUCCGACUUCUGCUCGCAGAAGGCGUGCCCCAGCUGAACCAAUCCCGGCGAACCAGUGGUGCGGAGCGAGCUCCUCAAACGCUCCAGCUUCUCUGCCGAUUGUUUUAAUCCAGAGUUGUUUUUUGCAGCUGUGGAGCCGCAGAAGGAGGAGCCCAAAGCUUACCCACACACACACCCCCCCACCCUCACCCUCAGCCGCGGAAGCGGGAAGCCUCGGGGACCCGGCGGUGGCUUAGGGAUCCUGUCUUUAGAGUUCCCGGAGGCUGGGGUGGGAGGGGUGUGACGAGGAAAUAUUCCCCCCACACACACCACCUUGAUUGUGGAGGCUCCAAAUUCGGUUUUUUCCUGCCCGCCGUGCCUCCCACCUUCAGUCCCUUUCAUGAGGGUGACUGUCAGGGGCUCCCCAGCCGCUUUUGCGGCUGGUGGGGGGGCGACAACGACUAGCAGCAGAGUCUCGGAAGGCGAAGGAGCAGCAGCUGCCACUGUGGUGCCUAGCUCCCUGCAACUGGCGCUGAGCAUCCUGCAUACUUUGCUAUACGCUGCCCUCUUCUCAUUUGCCUACCUGCAGCUGUGGCGGCUGCUUCUUUACCGAGAGCGGCGACUGAGUUACCAGAGCCUCUGCCUCUUCCUUUGCCUUUUGUGGGCAGCACUCAGGACCACUCUUUUCUCAUCUGCCUUCUCCCUGGGCGGCUCCCUGCCCCUUCUCUGGCCGCCCUCUAACCUCCAUUUCUUCUCCCGCUGGCUACUCUACUGCUUUCCUUCCUGCCUCCAAUUCUCCACACUCUGUCUCCUCAACCUCUACCUGGCAGAGGUUAUCUGUAAAGUCAGAUGUGCUGCUGAACUUGACAAAAACAAAAUUCUUCUACAUCUGGGAUUUAUGUUGGCAAGCCUUCUCUUUUGGGUGGCAAACUUAACUUGUUCAAUGUUAAUUCAUGGAGAUAUUUCAGAAAAUCAAUUGAAAUGGACAAUAUUUACUCAAGCACUGAUUAGUGAUAGCCUUGUUAUUCUUUGUGCCAUUUCAUUAGUUAGUUACACUUUCAAAAUUGCAAAAAUGUCAUCAGCAAAUGCCUACCUCAGAUCAAAGGGAAGGUCUGUGUGUCAGACUGUUACAGUAGGCUCUGUAGUCAUUCUUCUCUACUCCUCAAGAGCUUGUUAUAAUUUGGUGGUGAUUACUCUAUCUCAGGAUACUAUAGAAAGUCCAUUUAAUUAUGGAUGGGAUAAUCUUUCAGAAAAGAAUCAUGUGGAAGACAUCAGUGGAGAAGAAUACGUAGUGUUUGGCAUGAUCCUCUUUUUGUGGGAACAUAUACCAGCCUGGUUGAUGGUACUAUUUUUCAGAGCACAGAGGCCAAACCAGAAUUUGGCUCCUGAUGUAAAUAGUCACAGUUAUACUUCCAGAGCUUACUUUUUCGACAAUCCAAGACGGUAUGAUAGUGAUGAUGACUUGCCAAGACUUGGAGGUUCAAGAGAAGGAAGUUUAUCUAAUUCACAAAGCUUGGGUUGGUAUGGAACCAUAACUGGAAGUGACAACAACAGUUUCAUAGUCAAUUCUCAUCUGAAUGGACCAACAUCAGAUUCUGCUCCUUUGCUCUUUGCUUGUGGUAACUUAGAUAUGAACAAUCAUCAUAGUUUAUAUUCAACUCCACAAGACUGAAUAUCAUCAAAAUCCAUUUUCCUAAAGAGGUUUUCAUGAGUAUGUAUUUUCAAAGUAUUAUGGCUUUAUGCAUACUAACAUUCCAUUAUCUUUCAUAGCUGAGAAAAAAACUAGAAUUAGCUGUAAAUGGAGGGCAAAACAUUACUCAUCUCUUCAUUUCAAAUGAAGCAGAAUUGUAACUUUAGAGUUGGAAGAAAAAGACCCCAGAAUUUUCUGAUAUUAGAAAUAUAAAAUGCAUAUUUGCACUUUUUUUCAUUAUGCUCUGGAAGAAUAAACGAUAAUCUCCAAAAUAAUAUUUUAGUCUUCAAAUUGUUUUGUUUUAUAGUAUACCAAACCUGCACAGCAAUUUUUCUAAAAAGAUUAGUGUCAUAAAAGAAUUUUAGUAUUUGCUUUAGAAUCACCAUUUCCUUUUGAAAGCAAGUUAUGCAACUAGCUAGUCUAUUAGACAUAAACUAUAGCACUGGUGCUAUCUAGUUUAGUUCCUGUUCUGUCUGCAAAAUUCCAGCUUGAUAUAUUAGCUAUAGUUCCAGUGCUUACUGGCUAGUUUUCUAUUUUACCUGACAUAGAUCUUCCCCUUCUGCUAUCGGCAAUUUGAUAUGUACAUCUUUACUUGCCUUUUCUGUCCUCUGCAAAAUUCAAUUGAAUCUAUUCUGCCUUAUAAUUAAAAUCUAUAAAAGGUUUCAGAAAAUGCUAUUCAAGGUCUAUUGACCUAUUUGGUCUUUGCUCCCAAAAUAAAAUAAACCAGUUAUUAAAAUGUCUCUGCCUGUUGAUAAUUAUAAUUGGCAGCAGUACUUAUCAACAAAUCCUUGGACAAUUUUUAUGUCAAAAGUUCAUGAACUGAUUGUCUUUGUAUGGAAUUAUAAAAUGAAUUUAAAGGAGCAUGAAUUCAAGUUCAAUAAUUUAAAAAUACAUACUAGAAAUAUCAAUUUUCCAAAGAAAUGGCUUUUUAAACAUGAAUUUUAAAACACUACCCAAAAUUUUCUUGAAAAUAUAAUUGUAGUAACUUGAAUAUAAUGGUGACUAGAGUUAGUCAAUUAAAGGUAAUUGUCAGUUCUUAUUAGGCAAAACUAGCUAAUGAAUCUUUGACUAGCAUUCUUGAUCAAGAGAUUCUUUUGCAGUAAUAUGACUUCAUUCUAUAUGGAGUACAUGAAAGCUAAAUUCUUCAGAGAAGCAACAGUGAAUUUGGACUUGGGAAAGGCAGAAACUCUCAGAACUAAACAAGUACAAAUAUGCAGUUCACAAAAUGAAGCAUUCUAAUUGUUUAGAGUUUUUUUUUUUAUUUUUCAGAAUGUUAUAGGUUGGGGUUACAAUAAUUUUUUAAAUAAUUAUAUUGGAUUAAUGUAAGCAGAGGAAUUAUCUCUAAUAGAAUUAUUUUUAAGUAUAUCAUGAUAGAUUAGCAUAGUAAACAUAAGUGCAGUACUUCAGAACAUAUAUUGCUUCAAAUUUUUAGUAUAUGUUCAAAUUUUUAUAUAGCUUCUGUAUGUGCAAGGUCAAACACCACUGAGAUAAUAAGUGUAUGUACAGUAAAUAUUGAAUUUUUAAAAGUGGCUAGCAAUGUUUAAGAGACUGUUUUAUUUUUUAAACUAAAUUUCAAUUGCUUCGUGCCUCUUUUAAAUUUGAAAAACAUGACAGUGAGACUAUGUUAAUUUUAUAAUAGAAUUUUUAAAAAAUGGGAAAACAACAACAGUGGGUACUAAAAAAUACCUAAAGUUGCCAAGGAAACAGGUGGGAUAAUUGCCCCUAUAUGUUAAAGUAUAUCAAUUGCUUUCCACUGACUUUUUAUUUAAAUGGAACUAGCAGUAAUAAUGCAUUUGAAUAUGUUUUCUCUCCAAUAUUGCCUGGGACAUUCAAUUUUGUUUCAUUAAAAACUGAAAGGCAUUUUAGUUCAAACUGAUGCAAUAAUUUUACUGGAAUAGUAAUAUUACUAGAAGGUUAACCAAAAGGAAAAUUAAAUUUUUUGUUUUAAAUUGCUGAGUAGGCCGCUCAUACACACCUAAAUAAACUUCUUUAUGGUGCAAAUAUGACUUUUGAUUAAAACAUAAGCCUAAAUAUUGUGACUAUAACUAAAAAUUUAUUUAGUGUUUAGCAAAUCUAAUGAUGGAAAUGCCUGUGCUUCAAAAAUUUUCCAUUAACUAACUUUUACAGUAUAAAACAUGUAGCAGUUUAACAUUUGCAUGUGAAUUAUUUUGUCAACACGAUUUUUUUGGUUGUCAUUUACUUCUUUUUGCAAAUUUGAUCUAUAUUAUUAUAAUCCAUCUACCACUGCCUACCAAUAUUUGUUAUCUAUUCAUUCCCUGGUAGAAGAGUAAAGUUCAUUCUAUUUGGGUUUCCCAAGAUAAUACCAUUGGAUCAGCAAAUCAUUUAGGAUAUUUUUUUAAAGGAUAUUCUUGUUAUAAAAUAUCUUGAUUCUUCUAGCUGCUUUAGUAUGACUUGCCCAAAUUGUGAUUCAGAAGCUUGUUUUUUUCACCAAGUAGUAAACUUGAACUCUUUACUUAUUGUUUUUUCCUACAUACACCUCCUGACAAAACAUCACCAAAGAGAAAAUAAACUAUCCAAGCUUCUGGCCUGAUUUUUGCUAAAGAAUUCCAAAGCACUAGGAGCACUUUAAUUACAGUCUGGAAGGAAGGGAAUGUUUGCAAAAGAGCAAAGGGCUAGUGGCUUACUAUUUAUUCAUUUUUCAUGGAAGCACAUAAAGACAAUUUUAGAUCUUCCUUUUGGUUCAUAGACUGGGAAAUAAGUCUUUUAAAGCAUAAAAUUCUAUGCAACUAGCAAUGGCAGUUUUUACAAAUUUUUAAAAAUCAAGGGCCAUUAAUUUUGAAAUUCUGACCACUCAUUUUGCCUGGUUAUAGUUUUAAGUAACUGCUGAAAAGUGACUUUUAUAUGCAUAGCUUUCUAUUUCUUUUUUCUUCCUUCUUUUCCUUUCCUUUCCUUUCCUUUCCUUUCUUUUCUUUUCUUUUCUUUUCUUUUCUUUUCUUUUCUUUUCUUUUUUUUUGUUUCUUUACAUUGCUGAGAAACAGUGUUAAUCAUUUGCAAACUGGUUACAAAAGUAUGGCUGUGGCCAACGAAUGUAUUAUUUGUCAUUUCACUAAAUUGUAACAAAGCACUACUGUUAAAAUAAAAGUGUUUUUGUGCUCUUUACAAA